AAAAGUGCCGGCAUUUCGCACAGGGAGCCGCUAACCUGGGCCGGCCCAUGCUGUCUUAGGGGAUCUACAAUUCAUCAUCAACCAGAUCAGAGUUUUCCUAAAAUAUAAAAGGGACUUCCUAUUUGCCGCUAGUUGCGGCAAAGUGCCGGCGUUUCGCACAGGGAGCCGCUAACCUGGGCCGGCCCAUGCUGUCUUAAGGGAUCUACAAUUCAUCAUCAACCAGAUCAGAGUUUUCCUAAAAUAUAAAAGGGACUUCCUAUUUGCCGCUAGUUGCGGCAAAGUGCCGGCGUUUCGCACAGGGAGCCGCUAACCUGGGCCGGCCCAUGCUGUCUUAGGGGAUCUACAAUUCAUCAUCAACCAGAUCAGAGUUUUCCUAAAAUAUAAAAGGGACUUCCUAUUUGCCGCUAGUUGCGGCAAAGUGCCGGCGUUUCGCACAGGGAGCCGCUAACCUGGGCCGGCCCAUGCUGUCUUAGGGGAUCUACAAUUCAUCAUCAACCAGAUCAGAGUUUUCCUAAAAUAUAAAAGGGAGCUGCGGAUCGAUCCUGGGACCUCAUGGUCAAUGGCGCGCCAUGCUAGCCACUGCGACAGUCAACUUCUCAUGUGAAGAUUGAAGCGCCAGACUUAAGAAACAUACAACAGCACCAGGGAUCGAAUAAUAACCUACUACAAGUGAGCAACGCUAAUAGCCACCAUAAUUCCAGGUACUUUAUCUUAAUUGAUGAUGUAUGGGAUACACAAACUUGGGAAGAUUUGGAUUGUGCAUUUAUCAGGAAUGGCUUAGGCAGUGUAAUAUUGACCACGACACGCAUAAAUGAUGUAGCAAAAUUGUGUUGCCCUUCUCAAGGUGAUCUUGUCUAUAAAAUCCGACCACUUGAUAUUGUUGACUCGAAGAUGCUAUUUUUUAAACGUAUAUUUGGCUGUGAAGAAAAAUGCCCUCCUAACUUGAAAGAAGCAUCAGAGGAUAUUUUAAAGAAAUGUGGUGGUUUACCGCUAGCCAUCAAUGCCAUAUCUAGCUUGUUGGCAUCACACAAGGAAUCAAGAGAAGAGUGGGAACGUGUACGGCAUUCUAUUGGGAUUUCACAAGGCAAAGCUUCUGAAAUUGAUGCCAUGACAUAUAUUUUAUCGUUGAGCUACUUUGACCUUCCCCUCUAUCUAAGAAGUUGUCUAUUAUAUCUGACUAUGUUUCCAGAAGAUCAUUUGAUUAAUCCACAGCGAUUAGUAUGCAGAUGGAUUUCUGAGGGUUUCAUCCAUGCUGAGAACGCAGAAGAUCUGGUUGAACUAGGAGAAACAUAUCUCUAUGAGCUUAUCAAUAGAAGUUUAAUACAACCCGUGGAUAUAGGCCGGUUUGAUGAGAAAGCAACGUGGUGCCAGGUCCAUGACACCAUCCUUGAUUUUCUCACUUACAAGUCUACGGAAGAGAAAUUUUGUACUGUGUUGACUGGUCCUUCAAAGCCUGUUAAUAGAGUUCGCCGGCUCUCCCUUGUGGGUAAUGAAGAUGCACAAAGUAUUGAGCAGUUGGAUUUAUCACAUGCUCGAUCACUUGGUGCAUUUGGGUCUUCUCGCGAAUAUUUGCCUUCCCUUGCGAGGUUAAAUGCCCUGCGUAUACUGGACAUAAAUGGUUGUCGUGGACUGGGAAAUCAGCAUGUCAAAGAUAUUGGCAGACUCCUCCAACUGAGGCACUUGGACAUCUCUUUGACAGGUAUAACUGAGCUACCUAAAGAAAUUGGAGACUUGGAGUAUUUAGAGAUCAUGGAUGCAUCAUCAUGCCCAAGAUUAGUUGAGCUUCCUGAAUCAGUUAGUCGGCUAAAACGGUUGGCAAGUCUGCUUGUUUCAGGAAAAACUAGAUUGCCUGAUAAAAUAGGAAACAUGACAAAGUUGCAGAGGCUUGGGUAUAUUAAUCCUUUCAUGCAAUCGCUGGAUUUUCUGGAAGGUCUCGGCGAACUAGCAAAUCUGAGGAAUCUCAGCAUUUUUUGGGACACCGACAAUGAAUCUGACAAAGCAAGUUACAAGAAACAAAAAUUAGUGUCCUCCCUUUGUAAACUGGAAAGAUACAAGCUUCAUGAUCUAUAUGUUUCAUUUAAUUUGACAGAAAAGGACGCAAUCUUCAUAGAUCAUUCAUUAUUCCCUGCUCUCAAAAGUAUCCGAGAGAUUUCUUUUGGUAGUGGGCAACUCUGUUGGAUUACCAAAUGGAUGGUUUCACUUGUCAACCUACAAAUUUUAAACGUCGUUGGUGGGGAGCUAGAGCAACAAGAUAUUGAGCUGGUUGGAAGCAUACCUAAUCUGCUCAAACUCUUGUUCACUCAUGACGUCAGAGGGCCCAUCAUCAUUGGUGGAGGAUUUCAACGAUUGCAAGAGCUUGAGUUCGACCCCUGUGCUACCACAUUGAUGUUUAAAGAAGGGGCCAUGCCGAACCUCAAGUGUCUUAACCACCAUAUCCGCCCACUCGAUUUCAAAUCUGCUCAUGGUGAUGCUGGCUUUAAUAUUGGCAUGCAACACCUCUGGAGCCUUGCACAGGUCCAUGUCCGUGUAUAUUGCGCUGGAGUGAGGGUUGCAGAUUUGGAGGCUGCAGAGGGUGCUUUCAAGAGCAUGGCUAAUGCACACCCCAACCGUCCGACUUUUGGAAUUACCCAGUCUUCUGCACACCGCAUCUUACAAGGUGAUGAGCGGUCAUAAAAGGACACGGGUAGUGGUGGCAAACACCUAUAUGAGGCUAAUCGAUGAAAAGUCAAGUACCAACCGCGAUCGAUGAUUCUCUUGAUGAGCCGCUGCAGAGGCUGCUUUCCCACUAGAGGGAAUCUGAAGAAGCAUGUUGAACCUCUAAUACAUAUGAAGAAACUCUUGUUGAAUUCUCUUGUUUGCAUUUCAAUGCUGCUAGCUAUGGUCGUUCAAUGAUUGCCUAAUGCAGGCAGCGGAAGUACGUACACUGCAAUGAAUAUCAUUGAUGCAUGUUUCCUCUGCAUUUUCCCCUGCUCAAAUUACAGAUUUGUAAUUAAUUGGAUAUGUUCAGUAUGCAUGGUGACUUCAAACUAUGUUAUUUUUCAACUAUUUGUAUUUCCCCUGUGUUGUGUGUCAGUGGUAUGUGUUGGUACCUCGUUAAAAUUAAUAUUGCUGCGGCAUUUUGUAACUAGGAACACCAUUUUGUAGAAAGCCGAAUUGACUAAUGUACAAUGAUGCUAGCCAGUUACGUA